AAAGAACACGAACUUCAUCCUUCGUUUCCUUAUCCUCAGCUUCAGCAUCACCUUCAACUUCAGCUUCUCCGUAGUCUAAUUCCUCUAAAUGUUCUCCACCGCAUUCGUCAUCUCUGUCUCCAUUCUCCUCCACCGGUUUUGCCAGAGCUCCUUUAUUUUUUGGCAAACUUCCUUGAACCUUCGCACGUUCCGAUUUCUGCACUUUCCUUUCGAGAAUUUUCGACUCAGUCUCUCUUGCUGCUUCGCUAUCGUGUGAAUGCUGUGUGUUAUCCUCACCUUCUGACUGCUUCUCUUCUUCUGGUUCUCCAUCAACGCUGACUGUUCUCUCACUCCCUUCAUCAUUGAUUUCGUCAACCUCAACAUCUUGGUCCAGAGCCUUAUUUUGUUCAGUGGAACUUGAAGACAUUUCCUUCGCGGAUGGGGUGGCAGCCCUAUUACCCUCAGGCGAACUAUGAGCCUUUCUUUUGACAGAAGGACUCACAGACCCUUCCUUAGCUGGUGAAUUGGUAGCACAGCUUUCCUUCACAGAUAGAUUUGGACUUGGCGAGCUCCGUUUAUCCAUCGAAGACAUAGGAGAAUUUAUUUUCGUAGACCGAGGAUCGUUCUUCUUUGGCAUUCCUUCAAUAUCGUCACACAUUCCUGCAGUGCACUUAUCCUCAAUACCGCCCGAAGCCCUAUUUUCUUCUUCUCUAUUUGGUUCUUCUUUCCGUUUGAACUUAUCCUGUAAUGAAGCUUCCUCUCGUUCUUCUGGGUGUUUUUCCUCUUCACUUUCCUUUCGGAGCCGUUCUGCUUCUCUUCUUUGAGCUUCCAAUGCCUCUGCUUGUCGUGCAAGAUAGGCGGCAACAAGUGGAUUUUCAGGUGAGCCUAGUUUUGCAGAGGAUUUUUCUUCGUUGNCGGUAUCUUUACUUCGGUUGA